AGUGAGGAACGGGCUUGCUGAAAUGUUCAGGGGCGGUGUUUCUGGUAAUUUUCCUUUAUGCGUAUCGGUUCAGGCUAUUUAUUUUCACCUCUUAGCGGCGAAUCUCGUACUUGAAGGCUUUUCGAGGCAGAGGGCUUGCAAUUCCUAAGGGUGACCAGUGGACCUCAAUAGGCAACUCAGACACAAACAAGUACCUGGGCAAAAUGGAAGACCCGUGGAAAGAAGCAAUGGACCAUGCUGUAGCUGUGGCUAGAAAAGCAGGAGCAGUUAUCAGAGACGCCCUGCAGAAUGAGGUGAAGAUCAUGUGUAAGAGCUCCUCUGUGGACCUGGUCACCAAGACAGACCAGAAGGUGGAGAAUUUAAUCAUUGCUUCUGUCAAGGAGAAGUUCCCCACACACAGUUUCAUUGGGGAGGAGUCAGUAGCUGCUGGACAUCCCUGCAUACUGAGUGACAACCCCACCUGGAUCAUCGACCCAGUGGAUGGCACGACUAACUUCGUGCAUGGGUUCCCAUUUGUUGCGGUGUCCAUCGGCUUUGCGGUCAAGAAAGAGCUGGAGUUUGGUGUGGUGUACAGCUGCGUCGAGGACAAGAUGUAUACAGGAAGGAAAGGGAAGGGGGCCUUCUGUGACGGGGAGAAGCUGCAGGUGUCUGACCAGACAGACAUCAAAAAGUCCAUGAUCAUCAGUGAGCUUGGCUCCAACAGAGACCAUGAGACAGUCAGCAAGAUAUUCUCCACAAUGCAGAAGAUCCUCUGUAUCCCAGUACACGGUCUGCGUGGGUCAGGUACAGCAGCUACCAACAUGUGCCUGGUGGCAUCUGGGGCCGUUGAGGCCUUCUUCGAGAUCGGGAUCCACUGCUGGGACAUUGCCGCUGGGGCUGUCAUUGUCACUGAGGCUGGGGGUGUCCUGCUGGAUGUAGACGGAGGACCAUUUGACUUGAUGUCCAGAAGAAUGGUGUCGGCAAACAACAAGACAAUUGCUGAUCGUAUCAUUAAGGAGAUUGAUAUAUUUCCAGCAGAAAGAGAUGAUGCAGUAAAAAAAUGAACAGUUUACAUUGAAAAUUUUACAUUAUUAUUAUGUUCUUGCUGCAGCAUUUUGAUAUUCUGGAUUUCUUUGAUGUUUUUAGCAAAUUAUGUAUUUUAAUACAAACCAAUAAGUUGUGCCAGUAAGAUGAGAAAAUUUACGCACAACUCACUCUCAGAUGGUAAAGUACACAGAUGCAAAUCUGAUUGCUUCAACUUCACCACUAUCACACAGUUCAGUUGAUGGCUGUAUAGAGGAACCACUAUUUUAUACUGCUGCAAUCUUAGUUUACAGUACUUUACCACAGGGUAUCAUUCUUUGAAGUCUUGGAAGACGUUUGUAUUUUUUAUAACUUGAACUUUCUUUGUCAUGUAUCAUGUCUUCAAAUGUGAAAAUUUCUGGCCUAAAUUACAAACUUGCAGUGUUAAUGACAAUUUUGCCUGAGUCAUUAAAAUUUAACAGAAUCCAGUGUAA